AUGACUUUCCGCCCGGAGGCCAGGACACCUGGACGAGCGGCGGGGCGCGCGGUGGCCCUGACCCUGGUGUUGCUGCUGCCCGCGCUGCCUGCCGACGCCCCGCCGCGCCUGCCCCAGCUGCAGCUCAGCAUGCCCCACGUGUGUGCAGAGCGGGAGAUGACCCUGGUGGCCCGCCACCAGCCCUGCGUGCAGGCCUUCAGCCGAACUGUGCCCAUGUGGACGCCAGGCUGCGGGUCACAGAGGUGGUGUGUCAGCCACGUGAGGCGGACCUUUUACUACACAACCUACCGGCAGGUGUAUGCCACUGAGGCCCGGACACUGCUCAGGUGCUGCCCUGGGUGGACCCAGCGGCCUGGUGACCAGGGCUGCCUGUCCCCCGUCUGUACGUCUGGAAUCUGCUUCAAUGGUGGCCGCUGCCAGCCAGGCUCCACCCAGCUGUGCCUCUGUCCCCAAGGCUUCCGGGGUCCCCGCUGCCAGUAUGAUGUGGACGAAUGCCAGAUGCACAACGGCGGCUGCCAGCACAGGUGUGUGAACACCCCAGGCUCCUACCUCUGCGAGUGCAGGCCAGGCUUCCGGCUCCACACCGAUGGCAGGACCUGCCUGGCCAUCAACUCCUGCACCCUGGGCAAUGGCGGCUGCCAACAUGAAUGUAUUCAGCUCACAGCGACACGGCACCGCUGCCAGUGCCGGCCGGAGUACCAGCUCCAGGAGGAUGGGAAGCGCUGCGUCCGGAGAAGCCCGUGUGCCGACCGGAAUGGAGGUUGCAUGCACACAUGCCAGGUCCACAGGGGCCUCGCCCACUGCCAGUGCCAUGCUGGCUACCGGCUGGCUGAGGACCGCAAGGCUUGUGAAGAUGUGGAUGAAUGUGCCACCGGGCAGGCUCAGUGCGCCCACGGCUGCCUCAACACGCGAGGCUCCUUUAAGUGCGUGUGCCAUGCUGGUUAUGAGCUGGGCGCUGACGGGCGGCAGUGCUACCGUAUCGAGAUGGAGAUUGUCAACAGCUGUGAGGUCAAUAAUGGCGGCUGCUCCCAUGGCUGCAGCCACAGCAGCGCGGGGCCCCUCUGCACCUGUCCCCGAGGCUACGAGCUGGACACAGACCAGAAGACCUGCGUUGAUGUGGAUGACUGCGCAGACUCGCCGUGCUGCCAUCAGGUCUGCACCAACACCCCUGGUGGCUACGAAUGCAGCUGCUACGCGGGCUACCGGCUCAGCACUGACGGCUGCGGCUGUGAGGACGUGGACGAGUGUGCUGCUGGCCACGGUGGCUGUGAGCAUCACUGCACCAACCUGGCCGGCUCCUUCCAGUGCUCCUGUGCAUCUGGCUUCCGGCUGCUUGAAGACCGCAGGGGCUGUGCUCUGCUGGAAGAGCCGGUGGUGGACGUGGAAGGCCAGCUGCCGUUUGUGCGCCCCCUGCCCCACAUCGCGGUGCUGCGGGACGAGCUGACCCAGCUCUUUGAGGACGAGGAGGACGGCAUGGCUGAUGAGGAGGAGGCGGAGGCACGGGGAGAACAUACGCUGGCGGAGAAGUUUGUCUGCCUGGACGAUUCCUUCGGCCCAGACUGCAGCCUGACCUGUGAUGACUGCAGCAAUGGGGGGACCUGCCUGCCGGGCCUGGACGGCUGUGACUGCCCCGAAGGCUGGACUGGACUCAUCUGCAACCAGACGUGUCCUCCAGACACCUUUGGGAAGAACUGCAGCUCCUCCUGCAGCUGUCAGAAUGGCGGGACCUGUGACCCCAUGACAGGGGCCUGCCGCUGCCCCCCAGGUGUCAGUGGAACCCACUGUGAGGACGGCUGCCCCAAAGGCUUCUACGGCAAGCAGUGCCGGAAGAAGUGCCACUGUGCCAACCGAGGCCGGUGCCACCGUGUCUACGGGGCCUGCCUCUGUGACCCAGGGCUCUACGGCCGCUUCUGUCACCUCGCCUGUCCCCCAUGGGCCUUCGGACCUGGCUGCUCGGAAGAGUGUCGCUGUGUGCAGCGGAACACGCGGUCGUGCGACCGGAGGGACGGCAGCUGUGCCUGCAAGCCGGGCUUCCGAGGGGAGCGGUGCGAGCUCGAGUGCCAGCCGGGGUUUUUCGGGCCAGGCUGUCGGCAGGCAUGCACCUGCCCAACAGGUGUGGCCUGCAACGCUGAGAGCGGCGAGUGUCAGAAACAGUGUCCGGCUGGCUACCACGGCAAGGACUGUGACCAAGCGUGUCCAGAGGGGACAUUUGGUGUGAACUGCUCGGACUCCUGCUCCUGUGGGGGAGCCCCCUGCAACCGGGUCACGGGGCAAUGCCUGUGCCCUGCAGGGAGGACUGGGGACGACUGUGGGGCAGAGUGUCCUGAGGGCCGCUGGGGACUCGGCUGCCAGGAGAUCUGCCCUGCAUGUGACCACGGUGCCAGCUGUGACCCUGAGACAGGAGCCUGCCUGUGUCCGCCCGGCUAUGUAGGCAGCCGUUGCCAGGAUGUGUGCCCUGUGGGCUGGUAUGGACCCGGCUGCCAGGCCAGCUGCUCCUGUGCCAACGCAGGGCACUGCCACCCAGCCACCGGCCAGUGCAGCUGCGCCCCUGGGUGGAUGGGCCUUGACUGUCGCAGAGCCUGUGAUGGGGGACACUGGGGGCCCGACUGCAGGCACCCCUGUAACUGCAGUGCUGGUCGCGGGAGCUGCGAGGCUGCCAGUGGCCGCUGCCUGUGUGAGGCCGGCUACACGGGCCACCACUGCGAGCUCAGGUGUCCGCAGGGCCGCUUUGGGCCGGGCUGUGGACAGCGAUGCUGGUGCGAGCACGGCGCUGCCUGCGACCAUGUCAGCGGGGCCUGCACCUGCACAGCCGGCUGGAGGGGCACCUUCUGUGAGCGAGCCUGCCCGGCUGGCUUCUUUGGCGUGGACUGCCUCAGGGCCUGUGACUGUGCUGGUGGGGCCCCCUGCGACGCCGUGAACGGGACCUGUGUCUGCCCAGCGGGGCGACGGGGCCCCCGCUGUGAUCAGGCCUGCCCUACCCACACCUAUGGCCUUAACUGCAGCCAGGAGUGCACGUGUGCCAACGGGGCGACCUGUGACCCCGUGCUCGGGCGCUGCCACUGUGCCCCGGGCUGGAUGGGGCCCACCUGUGUGCAAGCCUGCCCUGUGGGUCUCUAUGGUGAGGGCUGCCAGCAUCCCUGCAUCUGCCAGAACGGAGGCACCUGCGACCCCGUGUCAGGCCGCUGCACCUGUCCUGAAGGCUGGGCCGGCUCAGCCUGUGAGCAGGAGUGUCUCCCUGGGCACUUCGGUGCCGGCUGCCAGCAUACCUGUGACUGCCUCAAUGGGGGGCUCUGUGACCCCCGAACGGGCGCCUGCCUCUGCCCAGCCGGCUGGGGUGGGGACAGGUGCCAGAGUCCUUGCCCGCCUGGCUGGUUUGGAGAGGCCUGUGCUCAGCGCUGCCACUGUCCACUGGGCACUGCCUGCCAUCAUGUCACCGGGGAGUGUGGCUGUCCCCCUGGCUUCACAGGGCUUGGCUGUGAGCAGGAGUGCCCACCUGGCACCUUUGGAGAGGGCUGUGCCCAGAGGUGCCAGUGUCCCAGUGAGACGCAGUCAUGCCACCCUGCCACAGGGGCCUGUGUGUGCACUGCUGGUUAUCAUGGCAGCGGCUGCAAGCAACGCUGCCCACCCGGGCGAUUCGGGCCAGGCUGUGAACAGCAGUGUGUGUGUCACAAUGGUGGCUCCUGUGACGCGGCCACCGGGGCCUGCCGCUGCCCUGCUGGCUUCCUGGGGACCGACUGUAACCUCACUUGCCCACAGGGCCGUUUUGGCCCUGGCUGUGCCCACGUGUGCGAUUGUGGGGAGGAACCGGCUUGUGACCCCGUGACGGGCGCCUGCUCCUGUCCCCCUGGGAGGACUGGUGUCCGCUGUGAGCACGGCUGCCCCAGGAACCAGUUUGGUGUGGGCUGCAGGGGUGUGUGUUCCUGCAGAAACGGGGGUCUGUGCCAUGCCUCCAACGGCAGCUGUGCCUGCAGCCUGGGCUGGACGGGGCCACACUGUGAGCAAGCCUGUCCACCUGGCCGCUACGGUGCCGCCUGCCACCUGGAGUGUGCCUGCCGCAACGGCGCAGCCUGUGAGCCUGCCACGGGGGCCUGCCGCUGCGGCCCUGGCUUCUACGGCCCGGCCUGCGAGCACCCCUGUCCCCCCGGCUUCCACGGGGCCGGCUGCCGGGGGAUGUGCCAGUGUCAGCAUGGAGCCCCCUGCCACCCCGUCACCGGGCAGUGCCUCUGCCCUGCUGGCUUCCAGGGCCAGUUCUGUCAGCGAGGCUGUGACCCAGGCUCUUUCGGGGAGGGCUGCGGGCAGCGAUGUGCCUGUGAGGGAGGAGCACCCUGUAACCCUGUCACCGGCCAAUGCCUUUGCCCUCCGGGGCGCACGGGAGCCACAUGUGACCUUGAAUGCAAAGAGGGGCGCUUUGGGCCUGGCUGCGCCCUGCGCUGUGAUUGUAGGGGUGGAGCUGACUGUGACCCCGUAACUGGACAGUGCCGCUGCAUAGAUGGCUACACGGGGCCCAGGUGUCAAGAAGGUGGGUCCCCCCAGCUCCUGGAGAGUCUGUCCACAGCCCUGGGCCCAGGUAAGAGGGUGAGGAACGCCCGUGUCACUGGUAAGCCUGGCACGUACCAGCAGGUGGCUUUAAGGCUGGAGGCCACGGGCCCCCCAUGGGGCGCAGCUACUCACCCAGCCUCCCACAGCCCUGCGUCCAGGCUCAACGGCAAGGUGGCAACAAACCAAUAG